AUGUCGGACACGACGUCUUCUAUCAUGCGAAUGCCGCUAAGUUCUGAUACUCGUUGGAAUGGAUGGGGCUUUCAAGACACGAAAUUAUUCAUUAAUGCUGAUAAAGUGGUUGAAAUUUCAGGUGUUCGGUAUGCGGAAGUGUUUGCUGCUGCACCUGAUCGUACAUUGCCUCUGCUAUUACCAUGGGCAGAGAAACGUCUUGGAUUGAAUAUUGAACGAACUAGUUUACCCAGUAUUACGUCUCCUGAAGAGUUGCAAGUACGUAAUCAAUUACAAGAAUCACACGAGACGUAUACGAAACUAUUGGCAUUUUUACACUUGGCGAGCAAUGAAAUAGGUAUAAAACGAACGAGUACUACAGUUGAAGAGCGUGUGCGACACGGCCAUGGACAAACAUGUGAAGACGUGUUUCGUUUACGUCAUCUGAAACAAGUCGAACGUAUUCCUGAUGCAGUUGUGUGGCCCACAUCUCAUGAACAAGUAGAAAUUCUCGUGCAACACGUGACUCAGAAGUUUGCUAAUCAUAUAUGUCUGAUUCCAUAUGGAGGAGGCACGAAUGUGACAAAUGCUCUUGGAUGCAAUCGAAAGGAACGACGUGCAAUUGUAUCACUUGAUAUGCGUGAAAUGCGACGAAUUUUACAUGUUGAUCGAGAAAAUAUGAUUGCAAUAGUUGAAACAGGGAUUACGGGAUUGGAAUUACACGAACGAUUACGUCAUCGUGGACUUACACUUGGACAUGAACCAGAUUCAUGGGAAUUUUCAACACUUGGUGGAUGGAUUGCAACACGUGCUUCAGGUAUGAAAAAGAAUAUGUAUGGAAACAUUGAAGAUUUAGUGGUCAAUAUUACGACAGUGACACCACAAGGUACAAUGCAGCGUGCUGCUAAUGUCCCUCGUGCUGCUAUGGGACCAGAUAUCAAUUCUACCAUGAUGGGAUCGGAAGGUAUCUUUGGUGUUCACACUCUCGUUACACUCCGUCUUCGUGAAUUUCCUAAUGUCCAAGUGUAUGAUUCGCUUAUUUUUCCGAGCCUUGAGCACGGACUAGCAGCGCUUAAGGAUAUCACUCGUGCUGGAUGCGAGCCGGCAUCGUUGCGUCUGCUGGAUAACACACAGUUCCAGCUAGGUCAGGCGCUCAAAACGUCAUCUACAACGAAUAGGUUUACUGCUGGUGUUCUUGACUUUGCAAAGAAGACGUACGUGACCAAGAUCCGUGGAUUUGAUGUGAAUGAAAUGUGUGCUGCUACCAUUUUGCUUGAAGGAACUAGUCAGCAGGAGGUGGCUGAGCACCUGAAGCGCAUCCACACCAUUGCUAAGCGUCAUGAAAGCAUGGUUGGCGGUGAGGAGAAUGGUAGGCGUGGCUAUUUCUUUACGUACAUCAUUGCGUACCUCCGCGACUUUGCUUUAGACUAUUAUUUCAUGAGCGAAUCUUUUGAGACGGCGGUUCCUUGGACAAACGCACGUCAACUCAUAACCGAUAUCAAGCUGGCGAUCAAUUUGGUGGCUGCUAAGUGUAAUGUCAAGGUUCCGCCACUUAUUGCUUGUCGCAUCUCGCAAGUUUACGGAGCAGGAGUUUGCGUAUACGUGUACUACGGUAUCAACUACUUUGGCGUCGAUGCGCCGAUGGAUCUUUUUCGUGAAACGGAGUUGGCUGCCGUGGAUGCUAUUGUGCGCAAUGGUGGCGCUUUGUCGCAUCACCACGGCGUUGGUAAGCACCGUCUUGCAUGGCUGCCACAAGCAGUGUCUUCUCCAGCCAUUGCGGCCAUCCAAGGGAUUAAGAAUGCGUUGGACCCCACAAACGUUUUUGCUGUUACCAACCUUCAGCCGUCCAAGAUUGAUGUUAAGGGUAUGCAUGAGGCCUAG